AUGUCGGAAAAAUUAAAGAAAAAGCCGGGCUUGUUCAGCAUUAAACGAUGGAAUAGUCAAAAGAAUGAUCAUCCAAUAUCGGAACAAAGCAGUCCGAUUAUGUCGCCACCAGUUCUCUCCAGGUCCACAUCCGUUGACAAGAAACUUCCAGCUAAUGGAAUAAACGAUCUAGUACAAUGUGCACUCUGCCUGGAACUGCUGAACACGCCAAAAAUGUUACCCUGCCAACAUACUUUCUGCUUAGCCUGCCUCAAAGUCUAUGUAGCCGAUCUCGCCGUCGUCAGCUGCCCCCUCUGUCAUACUAGAAUUCAGACUACUCCCCAAUUUCAUUGA